UGUCGACCAAUCAAAUGCCAGGUUCUGUGUGACGUCAGAGGGGGCGUGGUCUAAUUUCCUUGAAAGGCCGUGGCACCUGUUUUGUCCUGUCAGUCCUACAACUUUCGUCUGAUAUUCUAACUAAUAGGUACUUUAUAACAUGCAUCACUUCGUGCGCCCGGUAGAGAUGGUGCCGUACCAAGUCAAGCCAUCCUCGGGCCUCCAGGCGCCAUCCUCCCGAGAAGGGUUGCAGACCAUUGCGGUGCCCCGUCCUCAGCUUCCUUACCAGGGCAUGUGCGUGUACGACUGCGGCGGUCGGGCUCACCCAUCCCCGCCCGUCCACCUGACAAGCGACGCUCGCCUACCGAUGUACGCCUCCAACCCGUUCUUCUCCACGUCCUACCUGUUCUACCCCCGCUCAUACCUACCGGUCGGACCCGGCACAUCCUUCGGGCCCAUGCCGCACGAGGAGCCGAAGCCCAGCCACAGCUACAUCGGUCUCAUCGCCAUGGCCAUCAUGAGCUCUAAGGAGAAGAAACUGGUCCUUAGCGACAUCUACAAAUACAUCUUAGACAACUAUCCGUAUUUCCGAAACCGUGGACCCGGCUGGCGCAACUCUAUCCGACACAACUUGUCCUUAAACGACUGUUUCGUCAAGAUGGGGCGUAGUGCUAACGGGAAGGGGCACUUCUGGGCAGUCCACCCCGCCAACGUGGACGACUUCGCCCAGGGAGACUUCAGACGGCGGCGGGCCCAGCGGAAGGUUCGGAAGCACAUGGGCCUCCUGCCCGAGGACGACGGCAACAGUAGCUCGGGGUCGUCCAACGAGAACAGCGGUACGGUCAGCCCGCCUCCCCGCCCGUGCCCGAGCGAUCCCCCCCGCGGCUCAUCACACGAUCCCGUCCCGCCAUCGACAGGACGCGAGGAGUCAACAGUACUGCAAAUGUCAUUUUCAAACGACACGUCCAGUCAGGAAAAAACGCGGGAAAAGACGGCGAAGAUUUCUCCCGACGGCACAUUGGUGAGAAGAAAGUUUGACAUGGCUAGUCUUCUAGAGCCGGACUCUAAGUAAAGACUGUCAGCGAACAAGCAAGUCUGAUCGCUUUUGUGAAAUGACAAAACUGUAAGUGAACAUUCUUGAGGAAAAAAACGGCAAAACAUUGACUGACUAGAAGCAAAAAUCUUGCCUCGAAAAUAUGAAUGUUUACGCCAGAUUGGGACAAAAGGCAUUACUACAAUCUUCAUGCUGAAGGAUACGGACACAAGGUAACUUUAACCGAUAAAAAGAAGACUAAAACGAUUAUUUGUAACCUGAUUAGAUAUUGAAAACAGAGUGCACCAUUGAGAAGAGAUAGAUUGUGAUUAUUGUAACUUGUUUUGUUGUCAUCGUUCGAAUAAUAUUAUAAAGAUUUUUGUCGAUAUCAUACAUUUCUUGAUUUAAAAUAGUGAUAUUUAUUUCAACUUGACAAAUAGAUGGAUGUGUCUGUUGUCAGUUGUGCUAACUUGAUGUCUUCUUUCGUUCAUAUUAUCUAAAAAUACUUCUCAACUUGAAAGAAGUACUCUCACUAUGUAUGGUGUAAAAUACGACGCCCAUGCGUGAAUAACAAUACAGAUCAUAAACGUAAGAAUGGAAUGAAAUGGACCAAGUUGAAUAGGAUAAGUACCGUAUUCAUCUGUGUCUAUAUCGACUAUAUAUAUCACCCACUUAACACGAAGCCAAGGAAAAUAUGUUGUGUUUCCAAAUACGACCCUGAAAAACUUAUUGUCGGUAGGUACUAGGAAUUCAAUUUUUCUUUCUUUCUUUUUCUUUCGAUUCAUCUGAGACAAUGACGUCUUUAUUAGUCACUAAAUGCGAAGACUAGGAAACGUUUUCCAAUUUGCGGCCUUGAAAAAUAUGACCGGUUGGUACGAAUCUAUUUUUUCUUUCUUUCUCUUUCUUUAGAUUUCGGGGAAAGUGAUUUAACGAAAAAGUCAGGAAACAAAUAGAAUUUUCAACAUCAUAUUGUGAUUACGAUGAUUGCCAUUAUAUAUGUAGAUAUGCUAGCAAAUUUUACAAGGACAAGUUAUCAAUAUACUGGACAAAGAAGUACGAUGUUUUCUACGCAUUCUUUCAUCGACUGUUCUCUGUUAACAUGUUGUGUAAUAUACGAAGUCUUUUUAAAAUUUUAUUACUCAAAUGUCGAUCAGAUUGAAAACUCUGUACUCUUUGCCAGCGGCACACUAGGGUGCUAGGGUCGACAGGGUUUUGUUAGGUACAGUUGGAUAACAGGAAUCACAACACCUUUUCCUACAACUGAAAGCCUUUCGCCGUAACAUACUGGCUAAGAAUUUCAUAACAUGAAUUCGUGUUCUCAACAUCGCAUAUCUAAUACAUGUCUUAAGGUUUGUUUACAAAUAUGUCAUUUUAACUUGUUACUAGACGUAUUAGAACACGCUGUAUGCAAGAAGGAAUUGUCUGCUUUUUAUUGUCUAUUGUUGCAACGAUAUAUUUGUUCUGAUACAUUGUAUAUGCAUCGCUAAUUAUCAAAUGUGAGGUCAAACUGCUUUAUUUUGAAAAUAUUACAAUUUGAAACCACCGUUGAUAUCCCUUGAUGCGCUGUUUUGAAAAACAACGGAUAUAGGUUUCACAACGGAUAAAGGUGAACUAACGUUAUAUAGAGAGGUCCAGAGAUUAUGUUUUUUUUGUAUGAGAGAUUCUAAGAGUUUCAGUGUCUUUUCAAAUUGAAUGCUUACAGUGUUUGCAGCAUAAGAAUAUAACAUGACUUGAGCAAAACACUAGUAAACUGCGUUGAGUCUUUUUUUGCUUUUUUGUCCUUUUCUGUUGUAACAAUCAACUGUUCCUGCUAUCUGUCUUUCAUCUUUAAGUAAAAAAUGAAAAGUACAUAUUUGGAAAGGAAGUCAUAAUGUUUCAAGAAAUGGAUGACUAAUAUCAGUUUACAACGGUGGAGAAAGUCAAGGUAGUCCACAAAGACUCU